AUGGGCCAUAUGUUCAGUGCCAACAGUGACAAGUCUAAAGACAUUGUAUCAGUAGAAGAAGGUCUAUAUCAGAGAUUGUUGACAGCUGACAAGGCUAGAGACAUUAUAUCAGUAGAAGAAGGUCUAUAUCAGAGAUUGUUGGCAAGUGACAAGGCUGGAGACAUUAUAUCAGUAGAAAAAGGUCUAUAUCAGAGAUUGUUAACAGCUGACAAGGCUAGAGACAUUAUAUCAUUAGAAAAAGGUCUAUAUCAGAGAUUGUUGACAGUUGACAAGGCUAGAGACAUUAUAUCAGUAGAAAAAGGUCUAUAUCAGAGAUUGUUAACAGCUGACAAGGCUAGAGACAUUAUAUCAGUAGAAAAAGGUCUAUAUCAGAGAUUGUUAACAGCUGACAAGGCAGGAGACAUUAUAUCAGUAGAAGAAGGUCUAUGUCAGAGAUUGUUGACAGAAGACAAGGCAGGAGACAUUAUAUCAGUAGAAGAAGGUCUAUAUCAGAGAUUGUUGACAGAAGACAAGGCAGGAGACAUUAUAUCAGUAGAAGAAGGUCUAUAUCAGAGAUUGUUGGCAAGUGACAAGGUUGGAAGCUGUGAACAAACAUGA